AUGGCAGACAUGUUGGACGACUCUUCCCUUAUCGCGACAUGCUGUCAGGAGCUGAUCAAUGUUCGUAAGAAAGACUGCAACCAGGAGAUGCUGCUUGUCGGACUUUCCUGCAUAGUACCUGCAGCUGCAUAUGAACAGCAGUGUGAGGUACCACCAGUAUCGUCUCCAGCGAGUCACAGUGACAGCGGCUGUGCCUCUCCUUCUGAAGGAUCCGAGGAGGCGCUGGCGGAGGUGGUGGAGGAGGUGUUGGCGCCCCUGGUGACCCUUGGCCGGGUGUCUAUGGGGGGCGCCCCCACCCCAGCCCCCACAGGCUCUAGACCCAGCCUGGCUCACAACCCCUUGCUUACACACAACAACAACACCCUGCAUGAGGUGAAGGGGGAACCCAGCAAUAACGCCACGACGGACGUGUUCGAGGCGCUCCCUCCCUACACCCCAGCAGCGACUGACAAACACGACCUCUCCGCUUCCCACCUGCAGCAGCUUUACUCCAGCACAAUGCAGGCAUAUGGCGGGAACUCGUACAUGCAGCCAAGUGGGUUUUACAAUACCAUGCCCAACUCUCAGUACUCCUAUGGCACAGAUUACCUCUUGA